AUGCCUAGUAAAAGACUGGAUAUACAGUCAGUCAUGAAGCCUUAUUUAAUGACCAUUUCCAUCCUUCUGAUCCUGGUUCAUAAGACUCCAGGUGGCCUGUUCAGAUCCUUCUACGGCAAGAGCCAAGAAGAGCCUUGGAAUCCAUGCCAGCUAUAUGACGGCAUGUGCCGAAAUGCCUGCAGAAAAUAUGAAAUCCAAUACUUAGGCUGUCUGAACGAUCAAAAGUGCUGCCUGAAAUUUUCUAUGAAAAUAGCCAGUUCUAACAAUGUAAAGAAUGGUUAUGACUCCAACUCCAACUUAUCACUUAGAAACCCUUCAAGCCACUCGUAA